GGCUUUUUUACAAACAUUCUAGCGUACCUGGAUCCGACUAGACCAGGCUGGCACCCUUUCCUGCUUGCACAAACAUUCAACUUGCCAAAGAACUCGUAAACAAGGUAACCUUUUUUUAUAUUUCAGGUUCCCGUUGUUCUGAAUUCGAACAAACCCAUUGCUUGCCCUUGGUAUCUGUCAUGCUCGUUUCCCUCGCUCUCCUACCGCUCACCCUCGCAGCAACGCUGCCUACCGUCCCUUCUUCCUUUCACCUACCAUUGAAAGUGCUCGAAUCUCGCCAGCACUCUGAUGAUAUCUCGCAACGUCAUGCAUGGUUGAUCAGCCAGGCAAAGUCUAUGCGGGCAAAGUACGAGCCAUAUCUCAACGAGGAGGGUAAGGAGUUGUUAAAGAGGGAUAGAAUGGAAAAAGAAGGACAGAUGAAAAGAGCACAGCAAUCUAUAGACACUCCGCCUCAGCAGUUCAUUGUUAUCAUGGAUACUGGAUCAUCUGACCUCUGGGUGGCCGAGAAAGGAUGUACAGCCGAUUUCUGUUCCAAGACCUAUACCUUUGAUGCCAGCAAUUCAUUCACAUUCGAAACUGAAAGAAAGCAAUUCAGCAUUGCUUACGGAUCCGGUAAUGCGGGAGGCUAUUUGGCAAAUGACACCGUCUCGACUGGGGGGUUCACAGUCCGUGAACAAGCCUUUGCUGUGGUGACUCAAGCUAUUGACGGUCUGAUCGAUUAUCCCACAUCAGGUCUUUUGGGUCUUGCGUGGAACACCAUUGCGUCCGCUUACUCAACCCCCUUCUGGCAAGCCUUGGCGUCUUCUGGUGCUUGGGAUUCACCAGAAAUGGGGGUUUACCUCGCCAGAUUCAAAGGAAAUAGCAGCGCCCAGAAGAUUGAGUUUGAUGGGGGGCAUUUUAUUUUUGGCGGGGUCGAUUCAACCAAGUUUGAGGGUGAUUUGAAUUAUAUUCCAAUCGGACCGGGAGAGAGGGAUUUUUGGAAACUCCCUUUGGAGGGUAUGACAGUGGGUGGGAACCCUGUCGAUGUCUCUAAAGGCCUCCUAAUCGGCCGCAAGGCCCCUGCUUGCGCUAUUGAUACUGGUACUACCCUCAUCGGCGUGCCAACUGACAUGGCCGCUGCGAUUUAUGCCCAGAUACCCGGCUCUUCCAAAGUGCCAAGCUCGGUUAUGGGGCAAGGGGGAUAUUAUCAGUACCCGUGCGAUACCAAUGUUGACGUGAAACUCAAGUUUGGCGGAGUAGAGUAUGGAAUCUCCAACACGGACAUGAAUUUUGGGACUUUUACCGACGAUGGCAAGACCUGUAUUGGAGCGUUCUUUGGGCAAGAUGUGUCUCCGAGAUCCCCAGUCCAGUGGAUCGUCGGUGCCGCAUUCCUCAAAAACGUAUACACUUCAUUCCGAUAUGAACCCACAGCUAUCGGGUUUGCACCUUUGACCACUAACGUUACCCUCCUUCACAACAAAAGAAUGCCCGUCACCUCGGAAGAAGCGACUAUUAAUGGGACCACUUCAAGCUCUUCCAGGGGGGCACAAUUGACCGGCAGAGUUGAUGUGCAGCAGAGGGGUGUAUUGUGGGGCGUGCUGGGGCUUGGAGCUAUGCUCGGUCUUGCGUUGGCCCUUUGAAAGGAUGAUGAUGAUGACGAGGGAUAACGCUAUGUAGCCGAAAUCAAGAUUAAAAAAUAACAUAUUUAUUUUGUUCAACUUGACGUGUAGCCUUUUUACGUGUACGAAUUCGACGACCAAUGAUG